AUGGCCUCGAAACCACCGCCCUCCUCGCCAACGGCAUCGCCAACAGCGUCGCCCUACCCCUUCGCCGCAGCACCAGACAUUGUGCGCGCGCACCAAAAAGACGCCUACUUUACAGGCCACCUAGCCAACACCAUCAGCGACCUCUACCGCCGGCUCUUCGGCGCCCGCGCAACACACUCGCUCGCGCCCGAGCUGCGCUCCCUCGCAGCCCUGCUCUACUUCGCGCUCACCACGCUCCCGGGCAACCGGACCCUCGGCGAAGAAUACUGCGACCUGGUGCAGGUGGAAUCGCCCACCGGCCGGCUCCCAGACGUCAGGAAGCGCGCAGCCUACAUCGCGGGCACCAUCCUCCUGCCGUACCUCGCCGGCCGCGCGCUCCCCGGCCUGCGCGGCCGCCUGCGCAGGCUCAUCGACGGCCGGCUCGACGCGCUCCGCCGCAAGGGCAGCCAGGCGGGCAGGGAGGCCCGCGAGCGCAACGCCCACCCGGCCGCCGCCGACGUCUCCCUCGACCACGCAAACUCCUACUCGGCAAACAGCGACCUGCUCCUCGCGGAGCUGGGCGCCCGCGGGCCCCAGGAGAGCAGGGUCGAUCUCGCCCUCACCACCCACACGCCCGUCUCUCCGUCGCCGCGCUUCGACCUGGCCCACGCCCGGGCAAUGGGCUACAUCAGGGGUUCCCAGCAGCGCAAGUGCACCCUCUGCCUCGAGGAGAUGAAGGACCCGUCGGCAACCCAGUGCGGACACGUCUUUUGCUGGGAGUGCAUAGGGGACUGGGUGAGGGAGAAGCCCGAGUGUCCGCUGUGCAGGAGGGAGGCCAUGGUGCAGCACAUUCUGCCCCUGAGGGUCAUGUAA